AUGUAUCCCAUUGCUCGCUGUACUCCUCUCAACAUCUACACCUCCCAACGUUCGUAUUUCCCUCAACUGGCGAAGCUACUACCUACUGUCCCCUCCCACGGUCACACUACGUCAACAGUCAUCAACAUCGCGAACAACCACCACGAGAAGAUGUCCUAUGAAGCUCUUAGCGUACUCGGUCUUGCAUUCAGCUAUGCCUCCGCAACACCCGCAGCCUACGGGGUCUGCCAGGAAGGUGGUGUGGCUGUGGUGAUGGCAUGCUACUCUGCCGCGGGCUUCGUCUGGGGUGCUGCUCUUGGAGCCACGAUCCCAGCUUCAAUUGUGGCCUGA